CACACUUCCUCAAUCGAGAGACUCAUUGAGUGAAAAAAAGGCGACAAGAAAGAAAGAAUAAGUUCGGUCCUCGCGGCGGUGACGAACAACGGAUUCUUCUCUGGACGAGGGUCAUCAACAUGUUGUGCUCCCCCUGCCCGAAAGUCAAACUCAGCCUAUAGGUACACACAGUUGUUAACUCAUUGGCUGCCAUUGACGAAAGACGUCUAAUCCACUUGACUGGGAGGGCAGGCAGCGAAUGAACGGUUAAUAUCAAUAAUAUCUCAUGUUCAUUCCACAGGCAUAUAGCAAGAUCUUCUUCCUCCUUUCAGAAACACCAACUCAUGACUCACCUAUCCAAUCACAAGUCACAGUCAGACACCUUCAUGGUCUCACAGACAGAGUUGACAUAAUUCCACGUAACGCAACUGCAGCUGACUCCCGGGACUCAUCAACAUGCCUCCUUUCUUGAGGAUUGCUUUCAACUCUUUCGACCUGGGUACUCUGCCCCCUCCGGCCGACGCCCCUUUUUGUGCAAUCAAAAUGAAGGAGGCCUUGACAACAGAAAGAGGUAAGACUCUUGUUCAACGGAAACCCACCAUGUACCCUGCCUGGAAGGCCAGUUUUGAUGCACACAUCUACGAGGGCCGGGUGCUCGAGGUUCUGCUGAUGAAGACGGCAGAAGAGCCGCUGGCUGAGGUCACAGUAGGCGUGUCAGUGCUUGCUGAACGCUGCAAGAAAGCCAACGGGCGUGCUGAAUUCUGGGUGGAUCUCCAUCCUUCGGGGAAAGUGAUGAUGGCAGUGCAGUACUUUCUGGAGGGAGUGGAUUCAGAGAGCAAGCAGGCUGCAAAAGAAGAAGAGGCACCCACCCUCAACCGUAGACGAGGUGCCAUCAAGCAGGCAAAGAUCCACUUCAUUAAGAACCACGAGUUCAUCGCCACCUUUUUCAGGCAGCCUACAUUCUGCUCAGUGUGCCGAGAUUUUGUCUGGGGACUCAACAAGCAAGGCUACAAAUGCAGACAAUGCAAUGCAGCCAUCCACAAGAAAUGCAUAGACAAAAUCAUUGGCAGAUGCACCGGCACUGCCGCAAACAGUCGAGAUACUGUGUUCCAGAAGGAGCGCUUCAACAUCGACAUAGCACAUCGUUUCAAGAGCCACAACUACAUGAGUCCAACCUUCUGUGACCACUGUGGAAGUAUGCUAUGGGGUCUUGUCAAACAGGGCUUAAAAUGUGAAGAUUGUUCCAUGAACGUUCAUCACAAGUGUCAGGAUAAAGUGGCCAACCUUUGCGGUAUUAACCAGAAACUUUUAGCUGAAGCACUUACACAAGUCAGCCAGAAAUCCUUCACUCGCCGCUCUGAUCCAAACCUUGACCCAAACCUAUCUGAUAUUGGAAUCUAUGAUGAGGUUAAUAAGCUAUCUGAACUGGAUAUCAAUGAUGCAAGCCAAUAUAGCAGAAUAUGGGAUGGCUCGACCCCGAGGCCUCCGACUCGUCUUACGCACCUUACCCGCAUCAAUGUGGACAACUUUGUUUUCCACAAGGUCCUAGGGAAAGGCAGCUUUGGGAAGGUCCUCUUGGCAGAACUGAAAGGGCGAGAGGAGUACUUUGCUGUGAAGGCCCUGAAGAAAGAUGUUGUGUUGAUGGAUGAUGACGUGGAGUGCACGAUGGUGGAGAAAAGAGUCUUAGCUUUAGCCUGGGAUAACCCUUUCCUCACACACCUUUAUUCAACCUUCCAGACAAAAGAACAUCUGUUCUUUGUGAUGGAGUAUUUGAAUGGAGGAGACCUCAUGUUUCAUAUUCAGGAAAAAGGACGUUUUGAUCUCGUCAGAGCCACGUUUUACUCUUCUGAAAUUAUUUGUGGCCUUCAGUUCUUGCAUAGCAAAGGAAUCAUCUACAGAGAUCUAAAGUUAGAUAAUGUGAUGCUGACUCAAGAGGGACACAUUAAAAUAGCGGACUUUGGUAUGUGCAAGGAAAAUGUCUUUGGAGAGAACCGUGCCACGACUUUCUGUGGUACACCUGACUACAUAGCUCCUGAGAUCUUACUGGGCCAGAAAUACUCUUUCUCGGUUGACUGGUGGUCAUUUGGCGUGUUGCUAUACGAAAUGCUAGUCGGACAAUCGCCGUUCCAUGGAGAUGAUGAGGAUGAGCUUUUUGAGUCCAUCCGAAUGGACACCCCUCACUAUCCGCGCUGGAUCAACAAGGACGCUAAGGAGCUGCUAGAGCGGUUAUUUGAAAGAGAUCCCACGCGCAGGCUCGGGAUCAUCGGUAAUAUCCGUUUACACUCCUUCUUUAAGUCCAUUGACUGGCAAGCCUUGGAGAACAGGGAGGUAGAGCCACCCUUCAAGCCCAAAGUGAGAGCACCCAAUGAUUGCAGUAACUUUGAUAGAGAGUUCCUGAGCGAGAAACCCCGCCUAUCCCACAGCGACAAGAAUUUGAUUGACUCCAUGGACCAGUCGGCGUUUGCGGGAUUUUCAUUCAUGAACCCCAAGAUGGAGCCUCUCUUAGAAAAAUAAUGUUUGAAUAAACAGUGAGUCUGCAUUGACAAACCCAAUUUUAGGUACAGUUCACCUGUGUCACAUGGUUACUGGCCAAUUCGCUGGUCCACCAGCAGUAUUUGUUUGACCUUGUUUUUGGCACAUUACUUUUCUUGUUUAAAAGUAGAUACUGUAGAGCGUUUGUAGGUACUGUAAAUAUUAAAGCCCUUGUGUUUUUCUGCAUGCAUCCACUCAUUGAGUAGCCUGUAAUAAAUAAUAAUAUGAUAAUAGGUGGUAGGCUGAAAACUCUUACAUUCCAUUUAAUGUCAGCACUACCAACUUGUUUGUGUGUGUGUAAUAAAAAUUUGUAAUAAUCAGUUCAGAACCAGCAAAUGAUUCAGGAUUAAAUGUACUUUUUUUCCUGAAACCAACCUCAUUGUAAUGACUUGAAUCAUACAAUUUAAUAAAUGUUGAAGGUGAAUGUGUGACAUCAAUCCCGUUGACCUUGUGUUUAGAUGUCUUGCGGGUAAGGAACCUAUAGCGUAUUGUCAUUUUCUUGCUUGUUUGAUCUGGACUGUGAACCGAUAUCCUAAAAUAAAAAAAUAAUCCAGAUGAGUUGUUAUUUAAAAAUUGUUGUGCCCAUAAUGAUCUAAAUAUAUGAUGAUAAACAUUUGUUUAAUCUUUUCCAAUCCAAUUCUUUUGUAUCUACAUAAGCUUAAAGUUAUUGUUGAUUAUCUCUAAACUUAAAUGAAUGAAAGUAGUUGAAAUUGUGUAUAUAGAUAAUGUACAUUGGUGUAACAUGUAUAUUGGUACGCUGUGGAUUUUUUGUAAUAGUCUACAUCUUUUACAUUAAUUAAAAUAUCAAA